CGCGUCUCUCUCUCUCUCUCUCUGUCUCCCUCGCUCAGCUGCAGCCCGGCUUUGCGGAGCUCGGGGAGCCCGUCCGUCCGUCCGUCCGUCCGUCCGUCGAGCCGGUUCUUCCUCCGCAGCCCCAGCGGCAGCCUAACAAAGGAGCCGUCGGGGAGAGAAGGCAAGGAAGAAGGAAAGGAAAGAAAGAAAGAAAGAAGAAAGGAAAGAAAGAAAGGAAGGAAGGCAAGAAAGAAAGAAAGGAAAGAAAGAAAGGAAGGAAGGAAAGAAGAAAGAAAGAAAGAAGACAGGAAGAAAAGAAAGAAAGAAGAAAGGAAAGAAAGGAAGGAAAGAAAGGAAGAAAAGAAAGAAAGAAGAAAGGAAAGAAAGGAAGGAAAGAAAGAAAGAAAGAAGAAAGGAAGGAAGGAAAGAAAGAAGGAAGGAAGGAAAGAAAGGAAAGAAAGGAAGGAAGGAAGGAGAGAAAGGAAGAAAGGAAGAAAGGAAGGAAAGAAAGAAAGGAAGGAAAGAAGGAAGGGAGAGAAGGAAGGAAGGAAGGAAAGGAGAGAAGGAGCCCAGCCACCCAGCCAGCCGUCCACCUCCUCCGUCCACCCCUCGCCAUGACGGCCAACGGGAACCCGGCCUCGCCGCCGCCGCCGCCGUCGGACUCGCUGCCCAUCCAGUUCGGCCUGAUCAACUGCGGCAACCGCUACCUGACGGCGGAGGCCUUCGGCUUCAAGCUCAACGCUUCGGCCCCGAGCCUGAAGAAGAAGCAGAUCUGGACGCUGGAGCAGAACGGCGACGACUGCGGCGUGGUCUACCUGCGGAGCCACCUGGGCCGCUACCUGGCGGCCGACAAGGACGGCCAGGUGAGCUGCGAGAGCGAGGCGCCCUCGGCCGACUGCCGCUUCGUCAUCCUGGCCCACGACGACGGGCGCUGGUCGCUCCAAUCCGAGCCCCACCGCCGCUUCUUCGGCGGCACCGAGGACCGGCUCUCCUGCUUCGCCCAGGCCGUCUCGGGGGCCGAGAAGUGGCGGGUCCACCUGGCCCUCCACCCGCAGCUUCACCUCUUCAGCCUCAGCCGCAAGCGCUACGCCCAGCUGGGCGCCGGGGAGCUGGCCGUGGGCCGCGACGUGCCGUGGGGCGUGGACGCCCUGCUCACCCUCCUCUUCCACGAGGGCCGCUACCGGCUCCAGACCCGCGACCACCGCCUCCUCCGCCGCGACGGCCAGCUGGUGGAGCGGCCCGAGCCGGCCGCCGAGUUCACCCUCGAGUUCCGCGCGGGCAAAGUGGCCUUCCGCGACGGCCAGGGACGCUACCUGGCGCCCUCGGGGCCCAGCGGCACCCUCAAGGCCGGCAAAGCCACCAAGGUGGGCAAGGACGAGCUUUUCCUCCUCGAGCAGAGCUGCCCGCAGGUCGGCCUCCGCGCCGCCAACGACCGCAACGUCUCCACCCGGCAAGGGAUCGAUCUCUCGGCCAACCAAGAUGAAGAAGGUGACCAAGAAACCUUCCAGAUGGAAAUCAACAAAGAGACCAAGAAAUGCACCUUCCGGACUUGUACUGGGAAAUACUGGACUCUGACCUCCAACGGUGGGGUGCAGUCCACUGCCUCGACUAAGAAUGCCAACUGUUACUUCGACAUUGAGUGGUGUGACCGGCGUAUCACUCUGAAAGCUGCCAACGGCAAAUACGUCACUGCCAAGAAGAACGGGCAACUUGCUGCUACGGUCGAAACGGCCAGUGAGACAGAGCAGUUCCUCAUGAAGCUGAUUAACCGGCCCAUCAUUGUUUUCCGCGGAGAACAUGGCUUCAUCGGCUGUCGGAAGAUGACGGGCACCUUAGAUUGCAAUCGAUCUUCUUACGAUAUCUUUCAGCUGGAGUUUAACGACGGUGCCUACAAUAUCAAAGAUUCCACUGGGAAAUACUGGAUGGUGGGAAAUGAGGCGUCCAUCACCAGCAGCAGCGAUUCUCCCGUGGACUUCUUCUUCGAGUUCUGCGACUUUAACAAGGUGGCCAUCAAAGUCAACAACAAAUACCUGAAGGGCGACCACGCUGGGGUCCUCAAAGCCUCUGCCGACGCCAUUGAGCCCUCCACCCUCUGGGAGUAUUAAACGCACUUUAGUCUCCUUCCCUUCGCUCUACGCUUCCUCUCUUCCCCCACUUCCUUUUUUUUCCGGUUGCCAACUUCCUGCAGGAAUUUCCUUUUGGUAUGUUCUGGUGUGUCUUUCUCAAAAAGAGAGGGAUUCUAUCUUUUCAGACUGGCCUGCUGCCUUUGGUCUGCCAUAUUGUUGUCGUUGUUGUUUUAAGUUGGCUUUUUUCCCCGCUUUGUUAUGUGAGUUCAUUUAAAACUGGAAGAAAAAAAAAGAAAUUGUUUGUCUGCAGAAAAUGUCCUGCUCUCACCUUACGGACUUUUUGUAGGGGGUGGGGGUGGGAAGGAAGAAAGGAAAAAUUGGGUGGGGGAUGAACGAAUCUCUCCUUUGGCCUCUGCUGAAUUGAAAUCAAUUCAAUUCUGGAAUUGAAAAGGAAUCUAUAUCUCAAUCAUUGGAAUCGGAAAACGUGGCCCACUCUACCCCAAAUGUUAGGUCUCCUCUUGAGAAGGAGGGGGUCUUCAGGAAGAGCCAGUAUUGAGCUCAACAAGAGCCCAAUUUGGAAAACCUUGAGGGUUUUGUGUCUUCGAGGGCCCCACCUUCUGUCCCAGUGUUAGGUGGGCGUCCGUAACUCUUGUUCCAACUGGGCCUUCUGGUUUGAGUUGGGAUAUCUUCUGUAGUAGGACCCAAGAGUUCUCUUUCUUGGCUUUUUAAGUUACUCAUCCCCCAUUCUCUGGCGAAGAUAGAGAAGAAGUAGCUGAGCAUGUCUGGUCAUUCCAUGGGAUGAGAGAAGGAGGGGUAGGGGAAAGAGUCAAGAUGUGAAUCUAAAGUGAGCUACCAAAGCAGGACAGAAGGUCCGUCUUUACGCUCACUGACCAAACGAGCUGCUUUUUCUGAAUGGAAUCGUAACUGGACCCCCUCUGCGCGUUCAUCUCAUCCUCAAAAGGUCUGAGCUAAUUCCUUGUUUCUUCCACCCCUUGUGUGCCGCCCCCAAAAAUCAUCUCUAAACAUCUCCCCAAAACAUGCCGAGAAGCCAUUGAUGUUGCCUUAUGAUUCCUUUCCCUUUCUCCCCGAAAGGUGCAACCGUUGUCGAAUUUCCCUUUUUCUCCUCUUUUAUUACCUUUUCAUUAAUUUGGGGACUCUUUAGCAUUUCAUUAGAGCAGGUCAGGACUACCUUGAAGCUGUUGCUUACGGAUUGGAUGCAUCAGAUAAAAAGGCGUUGAGUUGCACAUUAAUAUGUCCGUGCGUCUUUUCCCCCCACCUCCCUUUUGCCUUGGCUGGGGAGAACCAUCUCGUCAUCUCCUUAUUUCUCUUCAAUGUUCAUCCAUGAUGGUGGGUGCGGUUUCCCCUGCCAGCAGCUGAUAAUAACUUGACUUGGAGAGAGCUCUCCAGUUGAACAGGAACUUAAGUCAUGAUACAGAUCAGUCCGCAGGAGAACUGAGACCUGUGGAUCUUCCUUAGUUUUCCUCCUAAGUACUUCCCACUGAAAUGUCUGUAGAUUUGAGGGGGAGGUAUGGAAGACGAGAUGGAGGGGAAGGUUAGAGGAGAAGGAGGUCAAGCAGAGGUAAAUCCAUGCUGCGUGUCCACAAACUCUUCAGGGGAAUCCUCCAUCGCCAAUUGUCUGUGUUCCUUAAACUAGCAUCAUUUGCACAAUACACGUCCCACUACAUCGUUCUACCUGUUGAUCUGAACUGGAAUUUGUUGUCUUCUCAUCUCGCUGCCCCUUCCCCCAAAGUUGUAAACUCUUGAGUCAAUGUGUCUGCAUCUUAGCAGCUUCCCAAAAUCUCAUCUCAUCUCUUCUCCCGACAAGCUAUGUGAGGGUCUCCUCAAGAAUGGGACCCAAGCAUCAUCUCGCGACCCACCAGGCCCGCUUCCGUGAUCCUGCACUUUGCCCCGCAGAACCCCAAAACAUGGAAAGUUGAACAGGAAAUGGUCUUCUCUUGACUCUUAGAUCAACCUGCCCUCCGAGCCAACCUAACUUUAGCCCCUCUGCUAGAUUCGUUGUUCGGCAUAGCCAACUUUAGUCUUUGCAAACUCUUGCUUAACUCUUUGGAAGUCCAAAAGAGUCUGUGCACGCAUAUUUUUGUGUGGAUUUAUUUGAGUAUUUUUUGGUGGUUGUCCGAUGUGAUGCCUUCUUGGGGUUUUAAUCUCUGCUUCCUUAGGCCAAGCAGACCCCAGAUUUACCCCAAAGUCCGCGGGGGACUUCGCUUGAAAUGGUGCUCUCUCUUUCUACCCAGAUCCAUGAAUUUGUAAAGAUCCAGAUUUGUAUUUCCGAAACGCGUUAACUUUACAGGGAGCCAGGGUUGGCCAAAUUUUCAAAGGGGUUGGUGGGUUUUUGAUUAACCGAGGGAGGAAAAAAAAAAAAAGAAAAAAAAAGCAGGGACACGUCCUAUGCCUUAAAAAAACGCAUCCACACUCUGCCAUCCAUAAGGUGACUUCAAUAGGAAUUGGUGCUCUUAAACUUUAUAGCAAUGGAAAUUAUUUUUGCCUUAUGAGUAAAAAGAGGGUUUGAGCUGGAGUUCGCCUGGGAAUCUUAACUGGACUGCGCUGAAGUUCUGGAAACAAUAUAUAUAUAUAUAAAAAUUCUUUAGCUUGUGAAAGAAACCACAAUUUGGGGAGCAGAGAUGACUACCCAGUUGGCCUCCAGAGUUUGUCCUGUGUCUCUUGCCCACCUGGUGGGACUUGGAUCAUGUACACCUCACUGCCUUUCCCCCCCACCCCUCUGUAACAGUUUUUAAGUCAAGAAUCCUUGCCUUCUAUUUCCUUGACUAUUGUGGCUAUGAAAAGCAUCUCAUAUCCUGAUAUGUUUAGUUAAUUUCUCUCCCCCCCCCUUUUCAAAACCACUUUUUGUAAGUGCCAUUUGUAUAAGAAGCAUCAAAUGGAGAAGAGAAUUGACAAAAUAAAAACCUGCAUACAGAUAUAAAACAAA